UGAAAGAUCCCUUCUGUAACAAUGGUAUCAUCCAAGAGGUAGCGGUAGGAGAACAAAAUAACGGCAUCGUUCCUAUGAUUGUUUAAUAAUAGAAGCCCACUCAUAGUGAAACAAGUGAAACAAAACAUCAGUAUUCUGGAAACGCUUCCAACAUCAACCUGUCAAAUAACUUCCAUAGUGAACCGAAUGAUCUAACUACUCUUCAUGACUGCUUGUCGGAACCAAUGUCGUCAAAGAUGUGGAACACUGCACCUGGAAAACGGAACCCAUACGGACGAUCCGAUCAUCACAAUCAAUCAGCCUGUCCUAAUCUCCAGCUUAAUUUCUAAGCUCGGUGGUAAACAAAUAUUUCGAGGAGUCUCUAUAUGUCGGGGAACUGGUUUUGGCAGUGGAACUGGUAACUGGGUGACAAAACUCAUCGUUACCCUGCAACGGAGUUGUCAUGCCAGUGAUGUUUUGGAACCAACGGAUGGAACCAACGUCCGGUACAAGACUACAACAGUUAGCCCGCUGGAGGUGAUGGGGCAGCCUAGCAUGGUGUUAAGCGUGGAUUUGUUGAAAACGUUACCUGCCCAGAUCGAUGGACCAACUCUCCGUGCGCUUUCCAUGCAGGCUUGUUAUCCGUAUUAAUUACACUACCUAUAUCUCGCGAGGAACCCAAUUAGGUGCAAAAGGCACUGAACAAUUGUGUGGUAGGCAGUAGACAACACAACUAUCUGCGAAUAUCCCACGGAUAGCGAAGUGCAAACUAUUUUGUAGCACAUUGAAGUUCCGGGAGGCUACAACAAUAAUGAUAACAACAUCGCGGGGGAUAUGACCAACAACAAUUCCCAACAGUGACCCACUAGUGGUUAUUAGCUGUCGAAUGUUUAACGGGUAUGUAUAUAGUAUUAAGAGUAAUUUGGGAAUCACUUGAAGAGUUUCACUUCAGAAGGCUACUAGGCAACUUGUGAUGAGCAUGCAAAGUGCUUAUAGAAAUUAUUUUGAAAAUUAAGUCUUUCGAACCGUAUUUAGUAUGUGUAUAACAAAGUGGCCCUAAUUUCAUUAGGAUAAUUUUUGUAUUUUCUAACAAAAGGUCUUCGUGCCAAAGUAUUGUAGUAUCAAAUUGAUUUUGUUAUUUAGUCCACUAAUUAGUUAUAUUUACGUACCGUCAAACGGGGUGACUUGCAACACUUUUCAAGUUUCUCUCUCAAUAAUUCUGAAUUAAAAGGAUUUAUUCAUUCUACUAGUAUAUGAUACUUUUAAUGUGUCCUAAUAUUAGUGAUUAGACAUAUAAUCAGAUAUACAACAGUAAUAAAAAUAUGAAAAUAAUAUCAAAAUGAUGGUUGUUGCAAGCCACCCCUACUGCGGGGUGACUUGCAACACUUCAUCUAAUUCAAUCAGAACAUGUUUUAGAACAACUUAAUCAUAGUGAUUGUUCAUCCUGGGUCAUUCUUCACCACUGUCAAUGCAGGGGCCUUAUUUGAGGGAACCCCCUCCUCCCCUCAUUCCGCUUUUUUUUACGAUUUCAACGGAUAGAUUGAUAUUUUCAAUUCGUCGGUUUGAAAGUGCUUUAUGUCGGUUUAA